GGAGUGCCAUAGAAGGUAAUUAUACAGACAGUGGCGUGUUUUUAUGCCAGGAAAAAUAAAGUACUUGGUGUCUCGUGCAAUUUCAGAGCCUGAUUUCAAAAGGAUCGUAACAAGGAGAAAAUAAAAUGUAGUUUGGUAGACUGCUCCACGGGAUAUAUUUGUUAAUGGAGUGUUUCUACACCAUUGUACCAGCAUGAGAAAAACAGGAUCAUUGCUGAUUUGAAGCCUGAAAAAAUGAGCAGGCAUAUCUGUUGGAUUUGUAAGCUAUGCAGAGAUGAAUCUAAGAGGCUCCCUUCAAACCUUACUUUGGAUGAAGUUUUAAAAUGGGCCCAAUCUUUGGAAAGUCUGAUGGCUACAAAAUAUGGCCCAAUAGUGUACACAGCAUAUUUAAAAUUGGAGCACAGUGAUGAGAACAUUAAAUUCUGGAUGGCAUGUGAAACCUACAAGAAAAUUGCUUCACGAAGGGGCAGAAUUUCUAGGGCAAAAAAGCUUUACAAUAUCUACAUCCAGCCACAGUCUCCUAGAGAGAUUAACAUCGACAGUACAACACGGGAAGCUAUCAUCAAAAGCAUUCGUGAACCCACUCAAACAUGCUUUGAAGAAGCUCAGAAGAUUGUAUACAUGCACAUGGAAAUGGAUUCUUACCCCAGAUUUUUAAAGUCUGAAAUGUACCAACAACUCCUGAAAACUGUUCAAUCCCAAAGCUCUUGAUUACUACACAGAAGUUUAAAUGGAAGAUGGCAUGUUGCAAGUGCUAAUGGAAUUUAGAAAAAGACACAAGAUGAGAAUGAAGGGAGAAAGGAAACAGAAACCAAGUCCUGAGUUGAUCUCUAGUUCCCAAGGGAAAGUCAUUCCAAACCUAAAAAGCUCCCAGAUGCUGUGACACAAUUUAUAGCAUCCUUACAGAGAGGAAUUAACAGAGAAGAAAAAAAUCAGCUUCCUCUUAUCAUAUAAGCACUAUAACAUUUUUGCUAUAGUAGGCAACUAAUGAUAUUUUUCAUUAAAAAAAUUGGCAGUCAUAGCACAAAUAACGGGUUUUGAAACCAUUGCUCCAUGAAUUUUGUCUUUAUAUAUUCUAUAGAUAUGCUCAGAAUAUCUUGAAUUAGUAUAUAAACAUAUAAGUCAUAUUAUAAUUUGUUGAAUUUUAACAUAAUCAGUAUAUAUUAAUCAUAGUGUAUUAAUAUGAUAUUAAGAAGAAAUUUAGCUAUAAAAUUUUCCCAGCAGCAUGUCCAUGAUUGACCUUAGAAGGUCACUUAACCUAUAUCACAUACGUCUUCUACAUGUUAAAUCUUUGGGAUAAUUGUAAGCUUUUAAGAUAUGUGGAUUUUUUUUACAUUUACAAUGUCAUUGGACUAUAAAAUUGGUCUUUUAUUGAGAUUAAUUUCUUCAUAAUAUGGACUCACCAUAGUGUUGGAAAUCAAUCAGUAGAAACUAAAAGCUGUGUGCAUAUUUUUCAAAGACACCUUAUUGUACCUUACUAUGAACAUUUCAAAAGGCCCAAAGUUUGCAAAAGUGAAAAAAAUAAAAUAAAGCAGUUUAACUUGCUUGUUUGAUGUCACCCACUGUCACUUAAACUUUAAAAGAAUUUAGACUCAACCCUCAGAUCUGGAGUUCUGGAGGACCAACAAAACAUACACAGACACAAAAUUUGAACUGUUACCUUUUGUACUGUAAAAAAUGUCAAGUGUGCCUUGACAUUUUUAUUCUGUAAAAAAUGACAUUGUGUUGCCGAUGGACAGAAAGUAUUGAAACUGACCCUCACCGUAUUCCAGAUUCACUUUUCCAUCCUCUUGUUUUGUCUUGGUUUUGAAAGCACCUUAAAAUAGAUUUUUACCCUUCUGGUAUAGCCAAGCUCCCACUCUUCCAAGGAACUCUGAGUUCUCAUAGAACCAUGGUCCUUACUCCUGGAGCUAUUGUGUUCUAUUGAAACUAAAAAAGUAGUCUGCUGAGUCCAUGGUUCACAAGGUUCCAGGCAUUUUAAUUACUGCUUUCUACGUUCAAAGGGGGCACCAGGAGUGACUUCACAGCAAACCACAGUCUAUUCAGAUGCUGAGAAAUGCUAAGGCACAAAACCACCUGCCUCCAGCCCCAGAGAAGCCAGCCAAACAGUAAAUGAAUAAGUGUAGAAUCACUGGUAAUAUAGUAGGGAAAUGUAUGCUUUGACUCCACAUAUGGAAAGAAUACUAAAUGUAUUAUAAGAUACUUAAGUUUCACUUGUGGGUUUCCCAAACUAACAAUUAUAUGAACUUAUUUAGAUCUGUGUAUACUAUAGAGGUUAGAAAAAAAAUGUCACAAUGUCUCUGCUCUUCAGUUUCCUUACUUUUCUUUUUAAAAUUUACUUUACAUUUUAUUUAUUGGGAGGAUUGUAGGUACAUACAUGCAACAUUGCAUGUACAGAAGUCAAAGGACAACUUGUAGAGAGGAGUCAGUUCUCACUACCUUGUGGGUCCCAGGAAUUACUACCAGGCCAUCAGGUUUAAUGGCAAGCACCUUUGUUCAUUAAGUCAUCUCUUAGGACCAAGUUUCCCUUUCUAUGCCCUCUCUUUACUUUCUAAGCCACUCCCCCUAGUCUUCUACUCACUCUCAAACCAAGGCAGACUUUGAACUCAUACAUCUCCUGCCUCAGUCUUCAAAGCUAUUUGGAUCCAUAAGUUUGUUAUAUGCAUCUUCUUGCAUGUUGAAGUAUAUUCCCUCCAAUCCUGUUUUCUCUAGGAUUUAUCAUUGAAGGCAUGUUGGAUUUCAUUGCUCAGCCGUGUUCAUUGCUGCUCUGUUUGCAAUGUAAAUGCCCUUCAACAGAAAGAUAGAUAAUGAAAAUGUGGUACAUAGACACAGUGUAAUUCUAUCCAUCUGUUAAAAUCAUGAAAUUU